AUGAAUACUCGCAGCCCAAGCGCAGAGGAUGUUGGAAAUCGAAAGAUUGAUGAAAUCCAGCAUCCUUUACUGUUAGUUAUUCAAAAUAUGGGGCCUACUCUGAGUUCAAUCCGAUCCCGCUGGUCUCAUUACCAACUUCGGGAGCCAGUUUCAGGAGGAGCGGAAAGGCAGCUUGAGCCCAAGCCCCAGUAUUUGAAGUCGUUUAAAGAACCUCUGAUAACAUCCUUUGCCGAAGGGAUUGGUUAUUAUCCUCUUAAUGCUACUAGCAACGAUGCCUUAUGGAAGACUAUGCGUGCACACGCAGACCGCACAGAUGUACCCUAUGAAGAAGGGACGCACUCAUGGCUGAUGUUUAAGGUUGGAUGUAUACCCAGUCAGCGUACAAAAGCUGGUCGAAGCUGGGCAUGGUUCCUUCGAGAGAAAGACGGCGUCGGAGAGGCAUAUGCUUGGUUUACGUUCCCGAAGGCACUUUGUCCUGACAUUUCACUUUUCCUGGAGGUGGUGCCAGACCUCUCCAUAUGGAUUGGACUUACGAACGAUGUAUUAUCUUUCUACAAAGAGGAAAUGGCUGGCGAGACUCAUGACUAUAUCCAUAACAGGGGAUGGUAUGACGAUAAAGACCCCCAGUCCGUAUUUGCAGAGAUUGUGGAUGAGAUAACGACAAAAGCCCAGCAAAUGCGACUUGUACUGAAAGGUCGAGAGCCAUAUCUCAAUCUAUUGAACACUCACCUCCUCGGAUACAUCGCAUUCCACAAGCUGAACAGCCGUUAUAGACUUUGGGAGGUCGGCCUAGGAGACGAUACCACGGACCGAACUGUACUUGGGCCUUAG